CUCACAAGUCCAAGAUAUAUGUAUGUGGCGUUCCCGGUCCUCCGUUCGAACUAAAACACGCCACCGCUCCUUCGCUCUAUCUCUUUAUCUUCUUUCCCACGGUCGUCCUUGCACUUUCCCAACAUACCAUCUGUUUCAAGAUUCAAGAACAUAGAUAGCUCCGUUGGCUGUCAUGGAAGAAAUAUUGUGCGAGGAGGAAGAGCUCGUAAGGGAGCUCCUAGACGACAACUCCCCCUUCGUCCUUGUCCCCACCAGCAGCGAGUCGGAGCUGGAGCCGGAGCGGGAGGUCGUGCCGGAAUUCGGCCAGUCUCUGUCAGGAGUACUCUACUCGGGGCCUACCAUCGAAGACAUUGAGAAUGCGUUAUCGGUAAGUCACCGGAAUCCAUUACUCUGGAGCCGAUCGGGCAGUACCGCCGCUUCGAUUGCUACCAGCAACAGCAGCAUCAAUUACAACAACGUCGUCAGCACCAGCAGCAGCAACACUGCUACCAACACCGGAUUCCGGUCGACAUUCUCGUUCCUGGAGAAAGGGUUGGAGAAGAGCAAGAUGGAGAACAAGUACACGCUCAGGAUCAAAAGCUGCGGAAACGGGAGCGUAGAUGACGGGUACAAAUGGAGGAAAUAUGGCCAGAAAACCAUCAAGAACAGCCCUAAUCCUAGGAGCUACUACAGGUGCACAAACCCACGCUGCAGUGCGAAGAAGCAGGUGGAGAGAUCGCCGGAUGACCCAGAGACUCUUGUCGUCACAUACGAAGGGCUCCACCUCCACUACACCUAUCCCUACCUCCAAUUAAGGCAGCCUUCCUUGGGGCAGCCCACCAAGCGGCCCAGGCUAGGCUCGGCCGACCCCAAGCUUGGCCCACUAGAGGAAUCGCCUUUAAUUCCUGGCCACCACAAUCAACCACCCCAACCACACCCCAACUGCCCUAAUUCCUUUGCAGCCCUCCCCACACCCACACCCUCUUCACCUACUCAACCACCCACAUUGGGUUUGCUCCAAGAUAUUGUUCCACUGGGUAUCAUGAACCCCAUGAAAUCCCCAAACUGCCCUCAAGACAUACUAUCUUCAUCACCACUGAUGCCGCUGCCGUCGUCGCCCUCGUCGCCGUUAUCGUCGCCGUCUCCAUCCACAUCGAUCUUGUCAUCGUUUCCGACCUCAUCUUCUUCAUGUUCUCCUUCCUCAUCAUCUUCUUGGUUCAGCAGUGGCUCCUGUGACAUGGGCAUCCUCUCUACUAAGUGAACUCCAUCUCAUAACAUCACAAGUUUUAUGAUCUGGGCAUUUAUGCAAUGACCAACUAAAAUGCCCGGACAGUCUUGUAAAUUUACUAGACUUAUAUGCUCUACUCUUUUGCCAAGAAGAUAUAUAAGACAACUGAUGUGCUACAAGACAAAGAAACCCCAAGCACUUAGCUGUCUUUCUUCUUUUUGCUCCUUCCUUUUAGGGUUAAAGGCAUGGAAAAGGGAGUGGGUUGGGACCUAGAGGGGGUGCUGUAGCGCCUAUAGCUUCUUGGCUUUCACUUUCAAAGUAAGAAAGACAAGUCAUGUAAUUAUCAACAAGAAGUGUAAUGAAAAGAAAAAGGUCAAGGAACAUUUGGAUGCUUCUUUUUAAAGUUUAUUGAUUCAAACAUCA